UGGUAAAGUUAGUUUGUUGUGUUCGUGAAUGUGGUGUUGUUAAAUAGAUUGGUGAGCAUAGGACAUGUAAUGUUAUAGUGUUGUUCCAUGAUGUUGCCGUAUAUCCGCUAACAUGUGAUAAGCCUCAAGGGGACUUUGAUUUUUUUCGUGAUUCUAAGUUUAUUGGAUUUAUACUUUACUGUGCAAUGGUGUACGAUAGAGACAGGCGACGCAGGAGUCGAAGUCGUGACAGAACUGAAAAAGAUAGAGAACGGCGUAGCCGUAGCCGUGAGAGGAAAGAUAAAGACAGGGAACGUAGAAGUCGCAGUCCCGAUAGGUUAGACAAGGAUCGAGACAGAUUAAAAGAAAAGGACCGUGCAAAAGACAGGGCAAGAGAGAGAGAACGCGACAAGGAUAAGGGCUAUGUGAAAGAUAAGGAUAGAGAUAGAAAGGAGAGAAGCAAGAAAUCGAGAAGUUUGUCACCUGACAGACUGAAAGAUCGAGCAAAACGACGACCGGACAAAGAUCGGUCAGCUACAGAGAAAGAUGGUGAUGACUCCAAACUUAAAGAAGAAGAUGAAGAAGGAUCACACGAACACGAUUCGAAGAAGGAGCCAUUGUCGCUGGAAGAGUUGUUAUCCAAAAAGAAGGCCGAGGAGGAAGCAAGAAGCAAGCCAAAAUUUCUAACGAAAGAAGAGAGAACCAUGGAAGCCUUAAGAAGAAGACAAGAAGAAGUGGAUUCAAUCAAGAAAAAACUUGAGGAGGAGCGAAAAAAACGCAUGGAAUUUGGCAAAGAAGCUGUAAAGUCGUUUGAGACUCAACGAAAAGACAAAGAUUCAGAUAGGUCCAAGGAUUAUAGACGACAUGAACCUGUAAAAAAGGAUAAAGAAGAAGACACACAGUAUAAUAAAGACAAAGAGAAAGAGGUCGAAGCCAUCAAGGAACGUUAUCUUGGUCUAAUCAAGAAAAAACGACGAGUCAGGAGACUUAAUGAUCGGAAGUUUGUGUUUGAUUGGGAUGCAUCAGAAGACACAUCAGUCGACUACAAUCCCUUGUACAAAGAACGUCAUCAAGUUCAGUUUUUUGGACGUGGAAAUUUAGCUGGAAUUGACAUAAAGGCGCAGAAGCGCGACCAGUCCAAGUUUUAUGGAGAACUUUUGGAAAAACGCAGGACAGAAGCAGAAAAAGAGCAAGAAAAAAUAAGAUUGAAAAAAUUACGAAAGAAGGAAGAGAAACAGAAGUGGGAUGACCGUCAUUGGUCCGAAAAAUCGCAAGACGAAAUGACAGAGAGAGACUGGCGAAUAUUUAGAGAGGACUAUAACAUUACUAUCAAAGGUGGUCAUAUCCCAGAUCCUAUUAGAACUUGGAAGGAAUCAGGAAUUCCCAAUGAAAUACUUCAAAUUAUUGAGAAAGUUGGUUAUAAUGAGCCAACACCUAUCCAGAGGCAGGCAAUUCCCAUUGGCUUGCAGAACCGUGAUAUUAUAGGUGUUGCAGAAACAGGUUCUGGUAAAACUUUGGCCUUCCUCAUACCACUGUUGAUGUGGAUACAGUCUCUGCCAAAAAUUGAGAGAGUGGAAGAUGCUGAUCAAGGACCAUACUCCAUUAUAUUGGCACCCACCCGUGAGUUGGCCCAACAGAUUGAGGAGGAAACUAACAAAUUUGGCCAGCCAUUAGGUAUACGUACAGUUGUUGUUGUUGGUGGUUUGUCAAGAGAGGAACAAGGUUUCAGAUUGAGAAUGGGGUGUGAAAUAGUGAUUGCCACUCCUGGACGUCUUAUAGAUGUUUUGGAGAACAGGUAUUUAGUCUUGAAUCAGUGUACAUAUAUUGUUUUAGAUGAAGCUGAUCGAAUGAUUGACAUGGGUUUUGAACCAGAUGUCCAGAAAAUCCUGGAUUACAUGCCUGUGACAAAUCUGAAACCUGAUACAGAAGAUGCUGAGGAUGAAACAAAGCUUCUGGCUAACUAUAACACAAAAAAGAAAUACAGGCAGACUGUUAUGUUUACAGCUACAAUGCCGCCUGCCGUAGAGAGAUUGGCACGGACUUAUUUGAGGCGGCCUGCAGUUGUAUAUAUUGGAUCUGCAGGCAAGCCAACUGAAAGAGUGGAACAGGUUGUGUAUAUACUUCAAGAAAAUGAUAAACGCCGCAAGUUGCUGGAGAUACUGGAACGUGGUGUAACUCCACCAGUUAUCAUUUUUGUCAACCAGAAGAAGGGUGCUGAUGUUCUCGCAAAAGGCCUUGAGAAAUUGGGAUACAGUGCUUGUACUCUUCACGGAGGCAAAGGACAAGAACAACGUGAAUAUGCGUUAGCUAGCCUUAAGAGUGGUACGAAAGACAUUCUUGUUGCAACUAAUGUUGCAGGAAGAGGUAUUGAUAUAAAGGAUGUAUCAAUGGUUAUAAAUUACGACAUGGCAAAAAGUAUUGAAGAGUAUACCCACAGAAUUGGCAGAACAGGUCGUGCUGGAAAACAUGGUAUGGCUAUAUCAUUCUGCACCAAGGAUGAUUCUGAUCUGUUUUAUGAUCUCAAACAGACUAUAUUGUCAAGUCCAAUAUCCACGUGCCCACCAGAAUUGUUAAACCAUCCAGAUGCACAACACAAACCGGGCACUGUAGUUACAAAGAAACGAAGAGAAGAAAAAAUAUUUGCAUAAUUAUGUGUGAACUAUUGUGUUGUGUGUGUUUGCUACAAAGGAAGUGUCAAUGUUGUAGCGUACAAAACCUCUGUUGUAUAAUAAUUUUGUGUGUUGUGCACUACAGCAGAAAUGACACUGUUGUACAAAACAUCUGUUGUAUAAUAAUUUUGUAUCAUUUAUUUUUUGUUUUCAGUGGACACGUGAUGUUUAUUGUUUUGUGAUUCCUUACUAAAUUUAAAAAGUACUGAAGUUACAUAUUGUGGAAAAUAUUUUCAUAUAUAUCUUUGAAUGGCAUUUGGUAGUUAUGAUGAAUGCUGUUCUUUGUGGUGUGUUUACAUUUUAGCCUUGAUAUUCAUGUAAUGACAACAUUGUGCAACCAAAUUUAAGUGUAAGGAGAAAUGACAGGGGUUAACGAUUCAUAGUGUUGUACGUUUUAAGUUUAACAACACUCAGUUAAUGUGCAUACGAACAAAAAGGGGAAAAUGCCCGGCUGCUCUUAAUAAGUUGAUAGUUGUCCAUAGUAUCGGAGGGACAGUUCCUUUGUGACUACCAAGUUUUGAUAUUUCUUCAUUUAUGUUAAAUAUAGUUCCAGUCUUCAUAACUGUUCUACUGCACUAUUUUAUUUUUGUUUCAUAAAGUUCUGUGGAUUCCUUUUUUUUGUUUUUCAUCGCAAAUAAAAUGUGCAACUUUUCUGGAUUUUAAA